GGCGCAUUUGCAUGCGACUCAGACGGGCCCCGGAGCGCGCCUUUGCGCGCGCAAGCCAACGCAGGGCACAGAGGCGCAGGAGCGGCGGCGGCGGCAGGGCGAGGAGGCGGAGCUCGGCACGGCAGCUGCAGCCGCCAGAGGCGCCUGCGGAGAAAAGUCGGGAGAAAGUUUGGAGCGGGCGGCGUCGGCGUCGGCGGCGCCCUCGGCUUUGUCCCCGGGCCAAGGCCGGCAGCGGCCGCCUCUUCCAGCCGCGACCUCGACGCGCGCCGCCUUCGUGCCUUCGCCUCGCUGCCCAGGGCUCGCUGGAGCGGGACGGGCCUGCCUGGGGCCGCCGCGAAGUUCUCGGAGACGCGAGGGAAGUUGGCCGCGCUCGCCGCCGCUGGCGGUCCUUCCCUGGGCUCGCUUCUGGGCUUCUCCUCCUCCUCCUCCCCACCGCGGCCAUGUCGUCCAUCCUGCCCUUCACGCCGCCCAUCGUCAAGCGGCUGUUGGGCUGGAAGAAAGGCGAGCAGAACGGGCAGGAGGAGAAGUGGUGCGAGAAGGCGGUCAAGAGCCUGGUGAAGAAGCUCAAGAAGACCGGGCAGCUGGACGAGCUGGAGAAGGCCAUCACCACCCAGAGCGUCAACACCAAGUGCAUCACCAUCCCCAGAUGCACAAUUGUACACGAGGAAACGGUGGCUGGCGAAGGGAAACACCGCAGGAGUGGCAGAGAAAGGCGGACAGAGAAGCUGGAGACAUGUCCCAGAUCGCUGGAUGGCCGGCUGCAGGUGUCCCACCGGAAGGGUCUCCCUCACGUGAUCUAUUGCCGGCUCUGGCGUUGGCCAGAUCUUCAUAGCCAUCACGAACUGCGCGCCAUGGAAAUGUGUGAAUACGCCUUUAACAUGAAGAAGGAUGAAGUCUGUGUGAAUCCGUAUCACUAUCAGAGAGUGGAAACUCCAGUGCUACCUCCAGUGCUGGUUCCGAGACAUACAGAAAUCCCAGCUGAGUUUCCUCCACUGGAUGAUUAUAGCCACUCCAUUCCAGAGAACACUAACUUCCCAGCAGGCAUAGAGCCCCAAAGCAACUACAUUCCAGAAACACCCCCUCCUGGCUAUCUGAGUGAGGAUGGAGAAACCAGUGACCAUCAGAUGAACCACAGCAUGGACGCAGGUUCUCCAAAUUUAUCUCCAAAUCCUAUGUCUCCUGCACACAACAAUCUGGAUCUACAGCCUGUCACCUACUGUGAGCCAGCAUUCUGGUGUUCCAUAUCCUACUAUGAGCUCAACCAGCGCGUUGGGGAGACGUUUCAUGCUUCGCAGCCCUCGAUGACUGUGGAUGGCUUCACUGAUCCUUCAAAUUCGGAGCGCUUCUGCCUUGGCUUGCUGUCGAACGUAAACCGCAAUGCAGCAGUGGAGCUCACCAGACGGCACAUUGGGAGAGGAGUGAGGCUGUACUACAUCGGAGGGGAGGUCUUUGCAGAGUGCCUUAGCGACAGUGCCAUUUUUGUCCAGUCUCCCAACUGUAACCAGCGCUAUGGCUGGCAUCCGGCCACCGUAUGCAAGAUCCCACCAGGAUGUAACUUGAAGAUUUUUAACAACCAGGAAUUUGCAGCCCUUUUAGCCCAGUCUGUCAACCAGGGCUUUGAAGCCGUCUAUCAGCUGACGAGAAUGUGUACCAUCCGAAUGAGCUUUGUCAAAGGCUGGGGUGCUGAAUACAGGCGGCAGACGGUUACAAGUACCCCCUGCUGGAUUGAGCUCCAUCUGAAUGGCCCCUUGCAGUGGCUGGACAAGGUCCUGACGCAAAUGGGCUCUCCCAGCAUCCGCUGUUCCAGUGUGUCUUAGAGGAAUUGAGGCAGAAGCCAAGAAGACUUAGAAAUGGUGUCUGUUCAGUUCCUGGCAAAGAGCAAAACAAGUCAGUCCCUUACCUGAGAAUUUACCUCUCUUGUUUGUUUUUAAAAGAAAAAUAACUGAUAACGUUGAAACGAGCAUUUAGGAUUCUCUAGCGGUGUUGCGGCCAACAGUCAUCCAAGGCCGAAUCCUGCGUAGUGACAGUUCCUCCCUUUCAGUGAGUUUGCUCUGGCGUUGUUGGAAUGAACAGAGGUUUUCCUGUAGCAGCGCUUAAUGGAUCUUGCCCAAAUCGUCAGCACUUCAGUUGUAGUAAUACUUCGGACUAUUGUAGAAGAUGUUUUGAACUUUAAGCAGAGCAAGGCUUGCUCUGGGUGACUUCCCCUCUCAAAGGCUCUGCAACACAUGUUGGAUGUACACAGUUGCCCUUGUCAUUGGUUCUUGGAGUGGGAGAGAGCAAGGAAAAGAUCCUCUUCCCUUUCCUCCCCCAACCCCCCUUUGCUGGAGAUCAUCCAGCUGGUCAUGGGUGGCAGGAGCACCUCCAGAAGGGCGGGGAGUACUUUUACAUUCCUUUUUAAGUGUUGUGCUUCUACGUCUGCUUUUCCACCUACCAGGCCCAUCUCUGUUCGACCAUUUGCAGGAAUGGUGAGGAAAAUGUUUUGGAUUGAAAUAAUCUGCAUCCGGGGGGGAGGGGAUGGAGAGAGUUGGAAUUAAAUGAAGUAGCAUUGCCCCAAGAGGAGGAAUAUUUCACUUCUUGCAGUGUGGAAAGCUUGAUUUAUACUAUUGUUGCAAUGAUCUCAGAGGUGAGAUUAAGUAGAGUGCGCGGAUGCAUGCGCACACACUGAUUUUCCUCCCUGUUAACUUCAUCGGCUUCUGUGUUGUCCUCCCAAUCUGCUGGCUAUCUUAACGUAUAAAAAGUUCUGAAAAUACAGCUGGAGGGAGCUCCCUUUCCUGAGGCUAGCCGAUCCUGCUUUAGCAGGCUGACAAUCAGAGGUUCAUCUAAAAGGGAAAAGAAGUACUGGGAAAAGACAGGGUAAUAAUAAAUGGCCCUGGCCAAAUUCAGCCAAGCGCAUGACGUCGUGCCUUGGUUGCCAUUGUCACGUCAUCUCUUUGGGCAUUUGACUCUCUUGUGAAAACCAGCUUGCGAUCCCAAGACUGUUUAACUGACAGUACAUUUAAGAACAUAAGAACAUAAGAAGAGCCUGCUGGAUCAGGCCAGUGGCCCAUCUAGUCCAGCAUCCUGUUCUCACAGUGGCCUACCAGGUGCCUGGGGGAAGCCCGCAAGCAGGACCCGAGUGCAAGAACACUCUCCCCUCCUGAGGCUUCCGGCAACUGGUUUUCAGAAGCAUGCUGCCUCUGCAUGAAUUUUUAAUUCUCAAGAGUGGUUAAGGAGUGGUAAAGGCAUUCAUACACUCUUCCUGCCAUGUUAGAAUGGCAGUUUAGUUUGGUCUAUGUUCUGGUCAGUAUUCUGGACCUGAGGACAAAAGCGGAUUAAUUGGUGAUUAAUUUGAGCUGAUCCAGAAAUGUGAGGUUACCAGGGCCCAGCCAGGACCUGUCGCAGGCACAUGGGAAUCUGCUGGUGGUGAAAUCUCCAGGUUCUAGGAUAUUUUCAUGAGGCCCAUCUCAGCACUGCAGCGGUCACUAAGCUGUUAAUCUAGCCAAGGGUGUGAGCAAAUUUUAAUAAGGCCUAAAGGCUGCCUGCCUAAAAUAGUUCCCGAGAACAUUAUUUGAGACACCUUGCUGCUGCUACGGGAUGACUCAAGGAGCUGCUUAAAAUGUGCAAAAUAGGUUUUGGGCCAGCGCAACAUGGUAGACUGGCAAGCAUCUGAAAAUGCUGGUUAGGAAAUGCCAUUUAAAUUAAUGUUUCACAUAUCGAAUUCGGUCAAGCAUUUGUGCAAUCUGCUAGGAACCGAACCUUCACAAGGAUCAGUUACUAUCAAGGGGAAUAGGCUAGAAACCAGUUAAUGACCUUCAUCAAAGUGGGUGGGGUAGCAUUGGCUUGAAUUCAGUAGCAGGAAUCAGGGCGAUGAGAAGCACAAGUUUUUAACCCAGCUGCCUUUGCUACAGAAAAAUAAUUGCCAGAGGCACCGUUAUUACAGGUGCUAUUGCAGGAUGGAGGUGUGUGAGAUCAGCUAGGCAUUUCAGGACCUCCAGGUAGGGCUUGGACACAAUUCUGUCUGAAAUCCUGGAGAGCUGCUGCCAGUCAGUGUAGACAGCACUGAGCUAGAUGGACCUAAGAUGCUUCCUUUAGGGGAUUUCCCAUGAGCUAUAAAUAGCCCUUUGUGCAAGUAAAAAUGCUGUAAGAUAUAUACACCUCCCAAAUUGAACUAUUAAUGUGAUUUUAAAAAACGAGAUUUUUCUGUUUCCAGUUACAAGGUGCAGUCCAGCAAAACUUACCCAAGUGCACUUAACUUCCUCAGAAUUUCAUCCCUACAACCUCUCACAGGUGCUCCUUGUGCUUUGCCAGAGGUUGCCAAAGAGCAACUUGGAAAUUGCAAAAGGAGACUCCGUGGUAGUACCCAUCCCCCCUCUUCCUGUGGACCUGUCACCUGUCCUUCCCUCCCAUCCCCCAUGUCACCCCAAUGCAAGUGGGAAGGGCUGCUGGGCAAUGGGAGCGGAGAAGGAGCUGGAGCUGGCUGGAAGGAGGGUGGCUUCCUCCUCCUGCUGCAGCUGUUGCUAUUUUGGAGAGACUGGCAGGCACGAGAGCCGUUUCCCUGUCCACACUGCAUGCCAGGGCCUCCGUUCUCUUCUGUGGAAGAAGGCACCCUGACACACACACCCAGCAAUAUGCAGGGCACGCAAGUCUUAUUCUGCAGUUUAAAAAAUAAUUGAUGCAAACGUAAAUGCCACGUGCCGAACUUUUCACAUCCCAGGCUUAUCAUCUGAAAAAACAAGAGGGAGGUUUGCAAAAUGAGCAACCAUAUUGUAAAGUCACCCAGGACUUGGAGCCUUGCAAUUUCCUUGUUCUGGCUGGAGCAGCACUUCAGUAGCGACUUAAAAUGUCUGAAGAGGUUUCUUUGUAGAGAGGCUUUGUCCAACUUAAGUGGAGAGUUAGAUCAGAUAGUUUACAUUGAAGCAAAGUCUUCACAGAUCCACUUCCUCCACUGGCAUGAAGGGUGGGGGGGUACCAUGUGCUAGGUGUGUGUGUGUUGCUGUGUGGCCAGCCUGAGGCUCAGAAAGUCCUGGAUGAGGGUGGCUUCAUGGCACGUUUUUCAUGUGGCUGCUGCACAGCAUGGAUGACAUGCUGUCUCCACUGAUCUUGACUCUUGCCCACCCCUCUAUUUAUCUUAAAUAGGCUUCUUUGUUGACACUAAUUGUGGAGAAAUCAUUAUGCACUUGGGCCUUGCUUGCUGUGGCCUGUCACUUCCAUGUGCCAUAUUUAAUUUCUAAAGAUGAGAGGCUGCAUGAAAUGAACUCUGCAUAUGUUCAGAGGCACCCUCCUGUUUACAGUGAUGUCACACGCUCCUGGCAUUUCACCUUGGUUCUGGGGCUGGGCCCUGGCUCCAAUGACGCUCUGCUGCCCCCCAUGCCAAAAGGGUGACUGUGAUUAUGUGACUUUCUAUGUUUUACCGUGUACAGGAUGGUUUUUGAUAUGUAGCACUAGUGUAUGCUAUUAGAUUUAUAUGCGUAUCCAUACUGGAAUCUGCUCUUUUUAGCUGUGCUCCCUGGCCUACUGUACAAGGAGUUCUCAGUCUCUUGCUACUGGUUACCGAGUCACUCGCUGGCCCUUUGACUCUUACACUUGUCUUUGUUUAAAAUGGCUGCUGGCCGGCAUACCCAGAUGGCCUUGAUUGACCUUUGUUUUUUUAAAUGACUGUGGUGAAACUGAUUUUGGUUUGUUGUUUAAUUAACAUAUUGAAUCAAGUUGCAACGUGUAUUAUUUUGCUUUUAGUUUUCUGUAGAGCAGCCUUUCCCCAAGCUGGUAUCUUCUAGCGGUUUUGGACGACAACUCCCAUCAGCCUCAGCCAGCUAGGAGGAUCCAAAGGUCCCGGAGGGCUGCUGCAGAAGAGUUAAGGCCAGUGCUAUCAGAUUUAAUUGGCAGUGAUCGCUUGCAGGAAGAAUUGGAAAUGGGUCUGUGGCUGGCAGGACAUCUUGAUAAAUGGUGGCAAGUUAGGAGAUGGAGGAACAGCUAGGAGGAUGCUGGUUUAAGCAGAGGGUGACGACAAGUCAAAAGCAACUCUGACGCUGACAUGCUCAUACAGGGUUUUGCAGGACUAAACAGACUGGAGGCGGGCCAAGGUGUGGGACAGGGAUAACAGCGUCAAAAUAGCGUGCCAUGCUGGCUUGUAUCCCAUUGUAGUCCUACUCAAAGCAGAACAAAAUGGACACGGCUAACUUAGAUCCAUUGGGCUGUAUUCAGUUAAAGGCUUGUGCUGGCAUAAUGGGAUUUCCCCCCUCUUCCGCUGUCCCCAAAUCUGCUCUGGAGGGUUGGGGGAACCCUCAAAGCAGAUUUAGCAGGUGCAGCGGAGAGGAGAACAUUUCCCUUAGUGCUACUUUGAAUACAGCCCAUUCAUUUCAUUGGGUCUCCUCUGAGCAGAACUUAGUGAAUACAACCCACUCUUGCUCCUAGAGCAUCAACAAUCCCACGUGGGAGGGAACACACAAGCAAUUUAGUAUCUUAAAACUUUUCUAGGGUAGAGUGGGAAAAUGAUUAGCCCCUUUUUUGGUAGAGUAGUCCAAUUUGAACCACAUGGAUAAAAUUGUUAAUAUAGCUUUAUAAGAUUUUCUUAUUUAUAUAACUUCUUUCAGUAGUCGAGAUUGAACCAGAUAUUUAAUUUUUUUUUUUGUCUAAAAAGGAUGUUUUGGGGUUGAAUAUUUGAGGGUUUCUUUGGGGGGAGGGGAUGUUUUAGAAAAAACAAACUCCAGAUGGAGCUGGAUUUGCAAGUAACAAAGGGCCCUAUCCAGCCUACGUUAACACACUUUUACAUCACAUUGAUAGAAAUGGGAGAGUUAAGCUAGUGCUUAGUCUCUCUUCCAGUGAUAUUAGUGGGGAACAUACUUAACUUUUGGCUGGCUGAUUUGGAUAAGUGACACUUAAUUCUUGGUACAAAAGGCUGAGUGCUGCUUUUAUGCAUCAUUGAUGUUCAACAUGCUUGAAUGGAGACUCAUUGAAAGGAACGGUGGUUGGGUCACCACAAGACUCUGUGCCAACCUGGUGCCCUCCAAAGGUUUUGGACUACAACUCCCAGCAUUGUUCAGCCAUGCUGUCUGGGGCUGAUGAGAGUUGUAGUCUAAAGCAUCUGGACAGCAUCAGGUUGGGGAAGGCUGCUCUGGGUAUGUGUUCUCGUGCUUUAUUAGCCGUUAACAUCGUCUUCAGGUGGAUGAGCUGUUACUCCUAAUGCUUUCAAGUGUUUUGAGUUUGAAAUGAUUUUAUUUUAGCAAUGAAACACAUACUGAGUAAAUGGGUUGGUUCACCUUUUUUCACAUCCCCCUGCAAUUAAUAGCUGCUCGUUUUAGGUGAUUGUCGUGUUCUCCAAGGACCUCCUAUGUACACUUUCAUCUUUAGAUGAAGGUAGUUCAGGUCUUGGUUAUUUGAGAAAAAGAGUUUUUUUUGGCUCUUAUGAUCUGGUUUGCAUCCAUUGUUUGUUUUUCCUCUCUCUUUUAUACCUGAGGAUUAUGUAGUAAUGAAUAUUUGCUUCAUCUAUGGGUCUUUAGCUUAUUAAGCUUAUUUUUAUUAAAA